AUGUUUAUGGGUCACUUAAGGGCCGCUGGCGGGACACCCCGCCGCCAAGGGGAAGCGGGGAUGCCUCGGCUCCACCAUUCAAGCAACGGCGGCGGAGGCGGAGGAGGAGGAGGAGGAAACAACAACUCUCAGGCAGCGGCUACGGCAGCCGCCGCCUCCGCCGUGGAUCCCUCCGCUGCAGAAAAGAGUCCUCCACCUUCGCGGUCCCGGGCUCGGCCCCGUCCUCGGCCGGUGCCCCCGCCCCCUGGAGCAAAAAAAGGAGUGCCUCCAGCCCUGCGACCCCAGCGCCCCAGUACUCGGCGCAGUGAGACCCCUGCCCCCUCCUCCAAUGCUGAAGAUUGUUUCCUCAAGCCUUGUACCCGCCUAGCUCCUAAACAUUCCUAGUGGGAAAUCUUGCUGCAACUGCCUUGGGCUGCACUGCAAGACUGCAUCGGGGUGAUACCCUAUACUAAAACAUCCAGAAAUCAUCAUACAUAUGAUGAAGAAGAAAAAAAGAAUAAACCUCCUUGGAAUAGUACGAUGUAAAAAUUGCCUUUUGUAGCAGUUAAAAAAGAGAAGUUACCAUGACUUGUCCCAUUGCAGCAUAAUUAUCAGAGAAACUUAUUUAUUGAAAUG